AUGUCUGCAUUCAAGCUGCCUACCGUGUCCGACUCCCAGAGCGGAUGGGGCCCCGAAAGCCUCAGCGCCAGGUUCAGCGACAUCCCCUACGCUCCUUACUCCAAGGCCGACAAGCUCGGCCGCAUCGCCGAUUGGUCUGCUCCUGAGGGUGCUCAGGGCAAGGACAACCGUGGUGGCGCCGGUGAUCAGCGUGGUGGCCGCCCCGGCUUCCGCAACUUCAGAGAUACCUAUGUCCCCUUCGGAAGCAACGCCGCCAACGCCUUCAACUACCAGCACACCGAGGAUGAGGCUUCAUUCUCGGUUGUCGACAACCGCUCUGCUGCCCAGAAGAAGACCACCGGUUUCAAGUCGGCCACCGGCCAGCGUGGAGGCCGUGGUGGAUUCCGUCAGCAGGGUCAGCAGCGCUCCCAAUUCCAGCGUUUGGGCGCUAACCGUGGAGGAUUUGGCGGUGCCCGCCAGGGCGCACAGGGCGGUCAGCGUGGCGGUCGUCGUGGCUACAACAACUGGAGGGAUUUCGACCGCAACCAGCGUGUUCGCGAUGCCUCUGUCAAGGUUGGUGCCGAGUGGAACAUGCUCGAGGAGAUUGAGUUUUCUCGUCUGAACAAGCUCCAGUUUGAGGUUGCCGAGCCCGAGGAUAUUGCUAAGUAUGGUGCUAUUGCCUCUUACGACAAGGCUUACGACCGUGUCAACACCAAGCAGGAAAAGGUUCUCCAGCAGGUUGACCGUGAGCGCGACAAUGUUACCACCUCGGAUGAUCCUAUUCUCACCAACUUGGCUGCUGAGGCUCCUCGUGAGGGCGAGCAACGUGUUUUCGCCACCGACAGCAUUAUUGGUGUCUUGAUGACUGCUCCCCGUUCCGUCUACCCCUGGGACAUUGUCAUUACCAGGACAGGCGACAAGGUUGUUUUCGACACUCGGGAUGGCAGCCAGCUCGACUAUGUCUCUGUCAACGAGAACUCCUCCGACCCACCCAUGGACACCGGCGACAAGGACAGCAUUAACUCACCCGCUGCCUUGUCCUUGGAGGCCACCUACAUCAACACCAACUUUGCUGCCCAGGUUGUCAACUCGGAGCAGGUUGUCGAUUUCGAGAACAGCAACCCCUUCUACGGUGCUGAUGAGGAGUCUGUUCCUCUUGUUGGAUACCGUUACCGCAAGUUCGACCUCUCGACCAACGAGGAUGAGGAUAUCUCGCUUAUCAUCCGUACUGAGGUCGAUGCUGUCGUCAAGUCUGCUCAGGGUGAGGAGUCAUACAUUACCGUCAAGGCCUUGAACGAGUUUGAUUCCCGUGCCCAGGGUGCCGGUGGUGCCAUGGAGUGGAGACAGAAGCUCGACUCCCAGCGCGGAGCCGUCGUUGCCACAGAGAUGAAGAACAACAGCUGCAAGCUUGCCCGCUGGGUCGUCCAGAGCAUGCUUGCCGGUGCCGACCACUUGAAGCUCGGAUUCGUCUCGCGUACCAACCCCAAGGAUGCUGCGCGCCACGCUAUUCUCGGAACUCAGAUCUGCCGUCCCAAGGAGUUUGCUUCGCAGAUGAGCUUGCAGGUGACCAACGGAUGGGGUAUUGUCAAGACUGUUGUCGACUUGGCCCUGAAGUUGCCAGAGGGCAAGUAUGUCCUCGUCAAGGAUCCCAACAAGCCCGUCAUCCGUCUCUACUCUGUCCCCAAGUCGACCUUUGAGGAGGCUGAGGAGGAUAACGAGGAGGGUGAGGUCGAGAAUGCCUAA